CUCACGAGAGUCAUCGAGUCCUAGAAAUUGAGAAUCUCUACUGGGAAUCUCUGGUCAGUCGCGUUCUAGGAAAUUACGAAGAAUGUGACAGUUAUCGAAGACUAGGAAUGCAGCAAAUGGAAUCGUGUCCGCCAGACAUCAUUGGCGCUUGGUUCUUUUUCCAGGAAGCCCGCGCGAUAGAGCGGCUUAUUUCUCGGAAUCCUUGCCAGAUGUCCAACCUAAUACCUCAAGCGAGACUUUGUUAUAUCGAAGCACUGAGACAAGCCUCGAUGCUGGAAGAAUCGACGAGCGUAGCGGAGUUAAAGCAGAGAUGUCACACACGUUUGGCGAUGUUACAUCUUGGCUGCUUCUUCCACGAGAGCGAAAUCACGCGAACACAAGAAGUAGUACAGCACGACAUCGAAGAAGCUGAGAAAAUGCUUGAGGUUGUGAACAGGUCUAGUAGGUAAGGGACCGUUCAUUAUUUAUACCCGGGGUUGGUACAGAAGAGAAGAGAAAAACACUGUAACUUUUUUAUUUACCCAACCUCAACAUUGGUCAAAAUAAUGUUUACCCAACCCAUGUGUUACUGUACUUCAUAAUAAUUAAACACACAAGAUUAUGCUGACAGAAAUCAAGUUUCCUAAAUUCUAAAAGCUCACUCGUACUCAAAGCAAUCACGUUUCUGCUGAUCAAUGAUAGAGUCCUUCCUCUAUCAGUAUAUCACUGAUGGUCUAUUUUGGUACAGAAGGUAUUGUUCACAUUUUUCUUCAUAUUUUCCAAUGCAUGGUAAUUUUGGUUUUAUUUUAUUUUACAGCUGACAAACAGACAUAAAUUUUUUUUACCCAACCCAUAGUCAAAAACUUGAUUACCCAACCCAUAUCUCUUCGGUACCAACCCCGGGUGUAAAUAAUGAACGGUCCCUAAGCUGGUUGUUUUGUCAUAGUAGUAAAAGAUUUACCAGCAAUAGAAACACCAGGCGGAAAACGAAUCCUAGUAUUGCCCAGCAAAUAAUUCGUAAAAGAGGCAUAUUCAAAUGUUUUUUGAAUAUGUCUCUUUUACGAAUUAAUUGAGCAGAAGCUUUGUAUGUGUAAUGACUCUUGUCCAAUGAUGAUAAUUUUUUCAUUUUUCAAAACCGAAGAUGCGGCGAAAACCCUCGAAGCACAGGAGAAAAUCAUUGUUUCCAGCUUGUUGACAAGUUGUCAACGGCUUGUUGACUUGUUCCAAGUUGUUCCAACAACUUGUUAUCGUCCUGCAAUUCAACAAUUUGUCAACAAGUUGUGAGUGACGACCUUGUUGCAACUUGAUAAAAUAACAACAUUGUUACAACUUGUUGACAAGCUUGCUACAAGCCUGUUGCGAACACAUCUUGUUGACCGCAAGUUGUCGUACAUGUAUGCGACGUUCGGUUGUUAUUUUAGGGUGCAAGGAUGGCCGUUGACAGAGUUCUGUCGUUGCGAGUACCUCUUGGCAAGAGCACAGCAGAAUGUACGAAACUGGCAACAGCUACACGACGAGUACUUCUUGGAGUCAGCCGAAGAGGAAAGCAGAACGGCACAUGAUAUUUGCGAGAAGAAAAAUUUUCAAGAAAUGAUGAAUUUUGUAGAUGCUGAACUUGAUGAGAUUAAUCACUUGAACUGUAUAUAG